AUUUAACCUCUCCGAAAUCAAGAACAGAUAUUCAUGUUAUGGCUGUACUGUAUGAAAGGCCAUGAAAUAGAAAAAACGUUUUGUGUUCGCGCCAUAUAAACAUUUUCAUUGUGGUUUUAGUGAAUAUUAAUUCUUUCAUGAAAUUGUACGAACGCAAUUUUGGUUAGAGAGCGUAAUAAGUUGUUACAUAUAUGUUUGUACGUUCAUUUUUUUUUUCUCCAGACAAUAUCGGUGUAGCACGUAGGUUUAUUAACUCUGUGUCCAAGAGUGAUACCAUCUUUAACGCGGGAAACUGUUUAUUUUUGGAUGUACAAUUUUAUUUUUAAGAAUAAUGUCACAGAAAUCAAUCACGUCAUUUUUCUCGCUGAAACCAGCUGGAAAAACCGAGCCGCCUGAAGACACUAGCAAUGAAAUUCUUACCUCGCCAGCAAGAAAAGGGAGUGGGGAGUCAUCUGGCGAAGACUCGCCCAUUCGAAUGGUUUCUAAGAAACGGCAGAGGAUCAAGAGUGACAGCGAAAGCAGUGAUGACGCUCAGAACAACAAGACAAAAUCUGGCAAGAAAAAGGUGUUUAACUCUGCCGUUAAAUCACUAGCAAAGUUAUCACCAGGAAAGAAGGAAGUUACAGGUUCUGUAGGAAGUGUAAAUGGUGUCAAGUUGGAAGUCGGAACAAUCAAGGAAGAACCGUGCGUAGGAAGUCAAACAGAGAAACAUGUAGAGGAAAUAAAGAACGUGUUGGAGCCAGAUGUUCUCAUCAAAGAAGAAUCAGGUGUUAAGCAAGAAGAAGGUGAAAAGGUGAUGCCGAGUGAGGCUGAGGCUGACAAAAACCUUACCGAUAAGAAACAGACGAGUGGCAAAACAGUUCACAGCUUUUUCUCACGACAGAAGUCCGGAGCUCAGUCAGCAGGGGAUGAGACCAACAAAGACAAGCCUGCCAACUAUGACCCCAGCAAAACUAACUACCAUCCUAUUGAAGAUGCUACGUGGGCCCAUGGAGAGAAGGUGCCAUACAGGGCCCUGGCUCGAACCUUGGAGAAAAUAGAGAACAUCAGUGCUCGGCUGAAGAUCAUAGACAUCUUGGCAAACUACUUCCGGUCUGUGAUGAUCCUGAGCCCGGACGACCUCCUGCCCAGCUUAUACCUCUGCCUGAACAAGCUCGCACCCGCCUAUGAAGGGCUGGAGCUGGGCGUGGCGGAGACGACGCUCGUGAGGGCCAUAGCGCAGUGCACGGGGCGGACGCUGGCACAGGUGAAGGCAGACGCCGCGGAGUUGGGGGACCUGGGCCUGGUGGCGGAGCGCAGCCGCUCCACGCAGCGCGUCAUGUUCCAGCCGGGCCCGCUCUCCGUGCCCGGGGUCUUCCGCAAGCUCAGGGAAAUAGCUCUCAUGACGGGGCAGGCCUCGAUGGGGAAGAAAGUGAACAUGAUCCAGGCGUUGUUCGUGGCGUGCAAGGACUGCGAGGCUCGCUAUCUGAUCCGCUCACUCGCUGGGAAGCUGCGGAUCGGCCUGGCGGAGCAGUCUGUGCUACAGGCCCUGGCGGUGGCUUGCGUCACGACGCCUCCAGGUCAGUCGUUUCCUCCGGAGGUGCUGAACGCCAGCAAGACGAUGUCUGCAGACAAGUUCAAGUCGUGCCUGGAGGAAGUGGCCCUCACCAUCAAGACCACUUACUGCGAGUGCCCGAACUACGACGCGAUGGUGCCGGUGCUGCUGCGCGAGGGUGUGGCGGCGCUCCCCCAGCACUGCCGCAUCACGCCUGGGGUCCCCCUUCGGCCCAUGCUGGCGCACCCCACCAAGGGCGUGCACGAGGUGCUGCAGCGCUUUGAGGGACUCACCUUCACCUGCGAGUGGAAGUACGACGGCGAGCGAGCACAGAUCCACCUGGCAGAGGACGGCCAGGUGAGCGUGUACAGUCGCAACCAGGAGAACAACACCAGCAAGUACCCAGACAUUGUCGCGCGACUGUCCAGUGCGGUGGGGGACAAGGUCUCCUCGUGCAUCCUCGACACGGAGGCCGUGGCGUGGGACCGCCAGACCGGCCAGAUCCUGCCCUUCCAAGUCCUCAGCACCAGGAAGAGAAAGGACGCGAGCGAGGCGGAGAUCAAGGUGCAGGUGUGCGUGUUCGUGUUCGACCUGCUGUACCUGAACGGGGAGCCCCUGGUGCGAAGGCCCCUGCUGGAGCGCCGACGCCUGCUCAGGGAGCACUUCAGGGAGGUCCCGGGAGAGGCCCUGUUCGCCACCAGCCUCGACACCUCCGCCAUGGAGCAGGUGCAGGACUUCCUGGAGGAGGCCGUCCGCGGCAACUGUGAAGGGCUGAUGGUCAAGACGCUGGAACAAGAGGCGACGUACGAGAUCGCCAAGCGCUCCCGCAACUGGCUGAAGCUGAAGAAGGACUACCUGGAGGGGGUGGGGGACACCCUUGACUUGGUGGUCAUUGGAGGGUACUUGGGGCGGGGAAAGAGGGCGGGCACCUACGGCGGGUUUCUGCUUGCCUGCUACGACCUUGAGAGCGAGGAGUACCAGACCAUCUGCAAGAUUGGAACAGGCUUCAGUGACGAGGACCUGCAGCAGCACACGGAACUCUUGAAGACCCACGUGAUCCCCCAGCCACGGCCGUACUACCGCUACGACCACAGCCUGGCCCCCGACCACUGGUUCGAUGCCGUGCAGGUGUGGGAGGUGAAGUGCGCCGACCUCUCCCUGUCGCCGGUGCACAAGGCUGCCCUCGGCAUCGUUGACAGUGAAAAGGGCAUCUCCUUGAGGUUUCCUCGGUUUUUACGUGUGCGAGAAAAGACUGUGGAAGAUGCUACCAGUGCCACUCAGGUUGCAGAGCUGUACAGAAGCCAGGAGCAAGUGAAGAACCAACAUGGGCCAACAGCGAAGACAGUAGAAGAAGAAUUUUACUAGGCUUCAGUGACUAUACCAUGUUCAUAUUUGUGUGCUACUGCCAUUCAGAAAUGUACUAAUAUUGCCUCAUUGGAAUAACAUAUUUGGCUAAAUUUUUAUUUUAUAAAGUGGUAGUAAAUUA